AUGACUGAAGAAAAAUUGAACGAUGAGGAAAAACGAGUAAGUCGUUUGAAUGAAUUGUUGGAUAUAAUUAACAAAUCUAAAGAAUAUUUCAAUUCACAAAAUAUUCAUGAUCUAAAUGAUUUAUUUUUUUUACAAACAAUAUUUGAUGAGUUACAUCGAGAUUUUUUUAAAGACUAUAGUCGAUAUCGUUUAUCCAAUUUAGCUGUGUCUGUCUUACAUCCGUAUAUGAAACAAUAUUUAUCAACAUGGGAGCCAUUAUCUACCGAUAACGAUGAAUUAAUUAAAUUAUUUUCAAAAUGGAGAGUAGUACUAGAAGAUAAAAAUAAUGGGACAACAGUGAUACCAUUAUCAUCUAUCCAAAAUUUAGAUCCUUAUCAUCGUUUAUUAUGGGACAUAUGGAUGCCAAAAGUACGACAAUGUAUUCUUAAUUGGAAUCCACGUGAAUCAGAUAAAUUAAUUGAGUUUCUUGAACAUUGGUUACCGUGUAUUCCCUUAUGGAUAUUAGAUAACAUAUUAGAUCAAUUAAUAAUACCACGUUUAGAACGAGAAAUUGAUUUAUGGAAUUCAUUAACGGAUUCAAUUUCAAUUCAUUCAUGGAUACAUCCUUGGUUACCAUUGAUGAAAGAACGUCUUGAAUUAUUAUAUUUACCUAUACAAACAAAAUUAGGCUAUGCAUUAAAACAUUGGCAACCAUCUGAUUCAUCGGCAAAAGAGAUUUUAUUACCAUGGAAAAAUGUAUUUAAACAAAAAAUGUGGGAUGCAUUUAUGAAUAAAUAUAUUAUACCAAAAUUAAUUAUAACCAUGCAACAAUUUGUGAUUGAUCCUAAACAACAAAUAAUUGAACCAUGGAACUGGAUAAUUUCUUGGCAUGAAAUGAUUCCAAUGACGAGUAUGAUUAUUCUAUUGGAACAUAGUUUUUUUCCAAAAUGGUUGAAAGUAUUAAAUGAUUGGUUAAAUACAACAUCAAAUUAUAAUGAAAUUCAAUGUUGGUAUUCUCAAUGGAGAUCUCUUAUACCUUCAACAUUAAUCAGUCAUCCAACAAUCAAAGAAAAAUUAACUGAAGGACUUGAAAUGAUUGAUCGUAGUUUAUCACACUUACCAUCUAGCACAGUACCAACUUCCACUCAACAGUCAAAGUCUGUUGAUAAUCUUGAUUAUGAGACACUGUUAAAUCGUGGUGUGGCCUCAUCAUCAUCACCGAUUAUUCACAGUUUUAAGGAUUUAGUUGAGAAAAAAGCUGGUGAACAUAAUAUUUUAUUUUUACCAGUGAAAAAUCGUUAUUAUGAAGGAAAACAAGUGUAUCACUUUGGUAAUGUGAAGGUUUAUAUUGAUAAAAAAGUUCUAUUUCUAUUGGAAAAUGGUCAGUGGGUACCAACUGCAUUAAAUUCAUUAGCUAAAAAAGCAUGUUGA